AUGAAUCCCGUCAACCUCGAACCCUACCAGCUGCCCGAUGAUGCCGUCUGGCUGAUCACUGGAUGUUCGUCAGGGAUUGGACGGGAAAUUGCCACCUUGGUCGCCAGCAAGCCGAACCAGCGCCUGAUUGCCACGGCGCGCGACCCGUCCAGUCUCUCGUAUCUUCCCACCACCGAUAACGUUCUCCGACUCCCGUUGGACGUCACUUCCCCUGAUUCGGUGAACAAGGCGUUUGACACGGCCGCAAAGCACUUCGGGAAGGACUUCCAUCUCGACGUCGUCGUUAACAAUGCCGGGUAUUCCCUGUCCGGCGAUACGGAAUCCGCCACGGAAGAGGAAAGUCAUCAAGAGAUCGAGACCUUAUUUUUCGGAACGGCGCGUGUGACCAUGCGCAGCGUCGAAGUCAUGCGCCAAAGCAAGCACCCCGAAACCGGAAACUUCCGCGGCGGCGUCAUAUUCAACAUCUCCUCGUUGGCGGGGCUUUGCGCCUUCCCCGGGCAUGCCUAUUACCAUGCGGGCAAGUUUGCCGUGGAGGGGUGGACGGAGUCAGUGGCCAGGGAAAUGCAUCCCGACUGGAAAAUUAACUUCUGCAUCGUGGAGCCUAGCGGCGUCAAGACCAAUUUCGAAGGACACAGCAAAGCCAACACGAAACCUCAUCCGGAUUACACCGACGACAUGCCGGCUCGGAAACUCGCAGCGUGGGUGAGUAAAGGCAUCCAGGCCGGCAUGGGACUCGAACCGUCGGCCGUAGCAGAGACGCUGUUCACGGUCGCGAGACGGGGCGAGCGCGUCCCCUUGCGUCUUCCUCUGGGCGCGACGUGCUGGAAGAUGGCCAAGUCCAGGUACGAGAGUUCCUUGGCGGAGCUUGAGGCCAUUAAGGGGAUUAGUGGGAUGGGCGAGGAGAUUUGA